AAUACAAAGAAUUUUGGUAUGACUAAUAUUUAACCUUAUCAAAACUAAAUUAUUAAAUAUUAAAUAUUAGAUAAAAGAACAAGUAUACUUUUGGAACUUAUAGCAUGUAAAAAGCAAAACAGUCCCAAAAAUGUUACAAAAAUUUUUAAUAUUAUCCAUAAUUAUUACGAAAUGUUUGGCAAAUGAUAUAACAAAUUUAGUAUUUGGUUCAAUAACGGAUGGUUUACCAGCAGCAUUUGGUGAUUUUAAUUCGGACGAAUUAACGGAUGUGUUUGUUCUACGAGAUGGUACACGAACCGUUCAAAUCUUACUUGCAGCGGAAGAAGAACCACUGCUACGACCUGGAAUCAACAUGCAAUGUACAUUCGCGAACAAUGUGACAAGUGUAGUACCAGGUGAUUUUGAUGGUGAUGCGUUUAUGGACGUUCUAGUGACAACAUUCGAUACAAAGAAUCGUAAAACAUUUGCGUACGUGUUGUGGGGUGCUUUAAAUAAUUUAAGUUGUACAACCGAAACACCACUAAUCGAAAUGAUUGGACAACCGUUAGCGAUCGAUUACAAUCAAGACAUGAUCAUCGAUUUAUUUGGUGUGAAUAAAGAUAAAAAACGUGCUUUCUGGAUAUUUGGAACGAAUCGAACCGCACCACGAGAACUGUUAAUGAAUGUUAGUAGUGAUGCGCCCGCAAUACGUUAUCCACAUUCGAAUGCAUUUCUGGAUGUGAACGCGGAUUACACAGCGGAUUUAUUUUUAACAACAAAAGAUCAUUUUGAAAUUUGGUACGGGAGUGAAAUUGAUCGUGAAUUUAUAUUUAAUAAUACGAUUAUACCAAAACCGCCUGGUUAUCAUAUUGGACAAUCGAUUUUUAUCGAUGUGGAGUUAAUCGGACAAAUGGAUUUAAUAACGCCCGUUUGUUACGAUAAAGGUUGUGAGAAUUCAACGAUUUUAGUGUACAAGAAGGAUACGUGGCAAGAUUUGAAUAUUGAUUUUAAGGAUACGGAUAAUCGUGUUUGGGGAUUUGUUGAUCCGAAUGGAAAAGAUGGCCAAUUAUAUACGAAUGUGAUUACGUUACGUAGUGGCGAUUUUAAUAUGGAUGGUUAUCCCGAUAUUUUAGCCACUUUGAAACCCAAUCCAAAUGGAGCACCGCAAAGUUUUUUCCUGGAGAAUGUCCACUGUGAAACCGGUUGUGGAAGUUUGAAUCGUACGUAUGUGAUUCGUUGGAAAGCAUUACGCCCGUUCAAUAACAACACGGUGAUGGCUGUCUUCUAUGAUUUUUAUCAAGAUGGUAUUUUGGAUUUGAUUUUUGUCCAAAAAAGUAUGACAUCACCAACGUCACCCUACAAAAUUAGUGCAUUCCGUAAUAAUUUGGAUUAUGAUGCCACAUUUAUUAAAGUUAUGGUCCUGACUGGCCUCACCAACAGCAAUAAUCAUAUGAUUGUGGGAAAUUUGGGUAAAAAGAAACGAACUUAUGGAACAAAUUUACCCGGUCCACGUAUUUCAAUAAAAUUUCGACAAGAAGCGAAAUUACGUCGGGCCGUUUCAGCUCAAUUGCCACAAUCCGCUCACUUUUCAUUAAAUCUACCAUUCACAAUAUUUGGCUUGGGUCGAACACCAAAUUUUGUUGAUACCUUAACAGUGGGUCUAUCGAAUCGAUCACGUGACUGGACUCAAAUUAUACCCAACUCACAAAUGGUUGUGAUCCCGUGGCCCACGGAUGAACCAUCGAAAUGGAAAGCACAAUUAUUUGUAACGCCAAGUAAAUUAAUUUUAAUGAGUGUAGCAGGACUCACCGGCUUGUGUGGAAUUAUUACCUUAAUUAUAUUGGGCUUGUAUUGGAAGGAACGGCAAGAAGAUAGAAAGGAACGAUUACAGGAAUCACAUAGAUUUCAUUUUGAUGCUAUGUAGAUAGUGUUUUGUUUGUAAAGUUUUAAUUUAACAAAAAAUAAUUAAAUUUU